CACGGUCUGUCAUUGAGAAACAUGGCGGCCUCCACGGGACCUGCGGGGACCGAGGCUCCGGGACCAAACACGGACGGUCCCGACAUCCAGUACAGCGCCAUCCUGGAGCAUCUGGUAGGGGAUAAGAGGCCCGUGAAGGAGCUGAACCCGGCCGUGAUGGGGGGGCUGCCGGUGCCCUACAAAAGCGACGAGCAGAAGAUGAUCGAGCGGGGAAUGGAGAGCUGCGCCUUCAAGUCUCUGCUGGCCUGUGUGGGAGGCUUCGUCCUCGGAGGAGCUUUUGGUGUUUUCACAGCGGGCAUCGACACCAACGUCGGCUUCGACCCCAAAGAUCCUCUGAGAACCCCGACAGCCCGAGAAGUGCUGAAAGACAUGGGCCAGAGGGGGAUGUCCUACGCCAAGAACUUCGCCAUCGUGGGCGCCAUGUUCUCCUGUACAGAGUGCAUCAUAGAAUCACACAGAGGCGUGUCAGACUGGAAGAACGCCGUGUACAGCGGCUGUGUGACGGGAGGAGCCAUUGGAUUUCGUGCCGGCCUGAAGGCUGGAGUCCUGGGAUGUGGAGGCUUCGCUGCCUUCUCUGCUGCUAUUGAAUAUUAUUUACGGUGAAGCUUCACAGAGAGGAGGAAUUGUUGGACAUGAUGACAAAACUGAGAAGGAAUCCACCUGCUGAACACUGACCUGCAUGUGGAGGAUCGCUGGAAAGCUCAGCUCUCCGCACUGAGCUGAAAAGACAUGUUUGUGUUUUCCAUCAUCUUUUUUUCAUUUUUGUUUAUUUCCAUGUGGACAUUUUGAACGGAUCAAGCCGACCUAAUGAGAAGAGUUCGUUCAGAAUCUCCUUCACCAUAACCCGAGGUCACGUCUCUGAUAUCAUGUUAUUGAAUAAUCCACAUCAGGUUUACUGCUAUUAAAGAUGUUUUUUUAAUGAGUA